AUGUCUGUACGACCAAUUUAUGCGCCAAUAGGCGCCGGCAACUUAUCUUUGGCUGAUUUCGCAUCAACGCCUGCUGUAUUUCAGAAGGUACAGCCCCCUGAGCCGUCCGAAGCGGCAGCGGCAUUGAGACGUCUGCUAUCGCAACAGCCGGGCACAACCACCGCGGCGAACACAAGCCUCGAUGAUCGAUCAACUUGCUGGGAAAACGCCCGUCGAAAUUGCAACCAGAAGUUGCAGCUCUGCCUCCAGAAAGUCGCAAUAAUAGCCAAUAAACUCAAUCCAUUUGGGCCUCCGGAACCGCUUCUGACCGACGAAAUGGCUGCUGCAGUCGAUGUAGCGUACAGAGAUGCCCAGGCUACUUACAGGCGACAAACAGAGAAGUGGGAAGCAAGCCACGAAGCAGAGCGGAAAUUUGAGAGGCGGGAGUCAGAGCGACAAGCAUCACUGCGAAGCUCAUCGUCAGCAUCAGAUCGAUCUGGCAGUCCGGAGGCGAAAUCAAUAACCUGGGCGACACAGAUCAAUUGUCCUUGUACGGCUCUCGGAACUAAUGGGAGGAGAGACGGAGAGCUCGUCACAGACCUAAAGAAACGCAAAGAGUCGAGAAACUUCGUCAGCUCAACGAAGACAGGCGUAGGCGCGAAGCACAUGCCGCGUCUUUGGGGCGGCGACGAGUCGAAACGCUUCGUCAGCUCAAUGAAGAGAGGCGUGGGCGCGAAUUACAUGCCGCACCCAUGA